GCAAAUGGGAUAUCCUUACCAGCAAAGAAAGAGACACAAACCCAUAUGGCACUGUGGACGAAACGUGCGGGAAAGUUGUCAUCGGAAUGGCUGCAAAUACGAAGAGGAAUAAGGGGAGGGGGGACAGCAUAUUGCAGCAAGAAGACAUUCUGCAAGCAGUGGUGUUAGCAGACAGUUUCAAUGUGCGGUUUGCACCAAUAACAGCAGAGAGACCACGGGCUUUGUUCCCACUGGUCAACUGUCCACUGCUUGACUACACAUUGGAGUUUUUAGCCAGUGCUGGAAUCCAGGAGAUAUUUGUCUUCUGCUGUUCUCAUGCCGACCAGCUAAAAAACCACAUUCAGGCCUCCAAGUGGAGCCAGCCGAAUUCCCCCUGCAUUGUCAAGCCGAUAGCCUCUGAAGGCUGCCACUCGGUCGGCGACGCCCUGAGGGAGGUUGAGCGCAAGUCCAUGAUCAGAUCCCACUUUGUUCUCGUCAGCGGGGACCUGCUAUCCAACAUGCUGCUCAAAGACUUGAUAGAACAGCACAAGGCCCGCUUCAAGACAGACAAGUCAGCUGUGAUAACGUUAGUCUUCAAGCAAGCUUUCCCCGGUCACCGGACCCGCAGUGUGGAAGAUGACAUUGUGGUUGGCACGGACUCCACACACCGGAUACUCAGCUACCAGAAAAUGCGGGGCCGGACCAAAGCAAGGUUUCCACUGAAUUUAUUUGAAGAGAACAAAGAGCUUAGCCUGCGGUAUGAUCUCAUGCACAGUCACAUUAGCAUCUGCUCACCGCGGGUCACCGAGCUCUUUGUGGACAACUUUGACUACCAGAACAUGUCGGAUCUCAUCCGGGGAACACUCAUCAAUGAGGAGAUUGAAGGCAACAAACUGUACAUGCAUGUUAUUGAGGAAGAGUACGCUGCUAGGGUCACAGAUCUUCCAAUGUACGAUUCCAUUAGCAAGGAUGUAAUAAGGAGGUGGGUGCAUCCCUUGGUACCGGACACUCUAACUUCUGAAGGUGAAGGCUACAAACUGGGCAGGCACAAUGUAUAUCUAGCAAGCAACGUCACACUGGAAAGGGGUAGUGUUCUCCAGGAAGAUGUCAUUGUUGGUCAGGGCACAAGCAUAGGCACCAACACCGUUAUAUCACAGUCUGUCAUUGGGAAAAACUGUGCAAUAGGUGAAAACGUCAUUUUAGACAAUACCUACGUGUGGGACAACGUCAGAAUCGAGUCCAACUGCAAACUCAGCAUGGCUAUCUUGUGUGACAGGGUGUGUCUGAGGGAUUCAGUCGUCGUGCAGCCGGGGUGUGUGCUGUCCUUUGGGGUUAAAGUUGGUCCCGGCAUCACCCUCCCACCCGGCACCCUACUCACGACAGCACCCCCGGCCCACGAUGAAUCGGACCAAGAAGACAUGGCUGAGGAUGGGGCCGCAGGCCACGCCACUAGACAGCAGAGGAAGGUUCCAGUGGACAGGGACGUGGUAGGGGAGGAAGGGGAAGGCUACGAGUGGCGACCUGCACUUGAUGAGGAGGAGGACGACGGACUGAGACAACAGCUGUUGGGUUUGAAUAUCUCAGUGGAAGAGGGGAAGGAGUCGAGUAGCUCGGAGGGAUCUGGCGAUGAAGAGCAAGAUGAGUUUGUGUCCAUCUCACCUCCACCAGAUGACACGAAAUUGUUCUACAAUGAAGUGGUGGACAGCAUGCAACGGACCCUGGAGGAGAACAUCAAGCUGGAGAACCUGAUCCUAGAGAUCAACUCCUCCAAGUAUGCCUACAACGUGUCCAUGCGGGAGCUGGUGCAGCUGGUGGUGAAGGCCGUACUGGAGAUGCCCCACUUGAAGUCGGCCGAGCCCCUGCCGGCCGCGCAGCUGGUGCCCAGACUCACAAAGCUUGUGAAUAAGCUUCUGCCUGUACUCCAGAACUACAUCAAGAAUGCAGAAUCACAACUAGAUUGCCUGAAUUCAUUGGAGGACUAUUGUCUCACCAGCAAAGCAACAACUGCCGCCCUUCCCAAGUUACUGCUGCAGUUCUACGAGGCAGAUGUGCUCAGCGAAGAAGCCAUACUCCAUUGGUACAGCAACACACCGUCGUCAGAUGACGCCGUCGCGAGUGCCAGCAGAAAGCAAAUCCGAACUCAGGUCCAGCCGUUCAUCAAGUGGCUGCAGGAAGCGGAAGAGGAGAGUGACAGCAGUGAGGAAGAUUAGUUAUCACGGCACCAGCUAGGUCCCCACGGAAACCAGUUUCCAUGGCAACCGAUCUUCCUCACUGCACAAGACUCCAUGCACGGGCAACUGCCACAUAUCAGCUUGUCACCAUGGCAACCAGUUUCGAAGGCAACUUUUCUGCACUGAUCAAAGACCCCAGGACUGGUUUUUUGUUAAAUGACAAAGUGCUGCGUACCAGCUAAUCACCACGUCAACCAGUUUCCAUGGCAUCUCUUCUUUAUCACACGUUCCCAGAGUCUGGGAAUUUUUUCCAAUUAAAUACAGGCAUAUGAAAUGCAGCAAUUUUUGACAGUGGGCAAAAACAAAGACAGCAGAAUUCAUGUGUUCCUGAGCAAGAUUGCUUACUCCAAUGGUCUUACUCACCCACGAGCCCCUGGUGAUCACUUUUCUUACCCCACCUCUCUGUGUUGCCAGUGGGACAGGAUACUAGCAUAAGAAUCAACAGACUUCAUGUGUUCCUGAGCAAGAUUGCUUACUCCAAUGGUCUUACUCACCCACGAGCCCAGGUGAUCACGUUUCUUGCCUCACUUCUCUCUGUGUUGCCAGUGGGACAGGAUACUAGCAUAAGAAUCAACAGACUUCAUUUGAUGUUGAGAUCUCCGAGGACUAUUGUAGAGCUAUAAAGUGGAUUGACCAAGGGCUUCGGCCCAUACACAUGUGCAGGGGCUUCUUAAAGUAAGUUUAGCGCACUUCUGGCCUUGUGGGAUGACUGUUUGCAUUGUUUUUGUUUGAAAUAUACCUCAGUCCAAAAGAAUCUACAGGACAUAUAAAUACCAAUGCCAAUAAAAGUUAGGUUGGAAUGAUCCAUGAAAUGUUGUUUUCACAACUCUUCAUUUUUGAAGGGAACACGACAAAUACCACUCUGCCAUCGCGCAUCAGAUGGCAGCCUUGGGCAAGUUAUCGAUUCUUCUGAACCAAAUGGAAAUAACAAAAAGAUGCAGUUCUUGGUUAAAGUAAACUCCAUGAAGACACUGGGGCAAGGACCGACACAGCGGCAUUCAUUUCAAAGAGUUUCAGUUUGUUUUUGUCCCCGGUGACGUGAUUGUCCCCAAGUUUCACAGCUGGUACAAUAAAUAGAUAAGAAAAAUAAUAACACUUGUAAAUAAGAACUCCUCCUUGUUCCCUUUGACAACUGUCAACACCUCUCACCAACAUGAUCAGCACCUGUCUGGAUUUCUUAACUUCCUUACUGUCAUAAUGAUCGCCCUAAUUAUACAUGCACACUACACAGAGGGUAUUAAACACUUAACAGUGUAUUGAUUGACACCACAUAUACACCGCAUGGCAUCAAACGGAGCACUAAGUUUGGUUUUUACUUACUGGACAAGUACUGUCUUGGAACCAUACACAAGAGUAACAAAGGUUUAACUUUGCCUCUGGAGCCACUUCAGCGAUUCGAAACACAGACAGCCUACUCCACUGGCAGUGCCAAAAAUCAUUGUCUGCAUUCACUU